AUGCCCAAUUUUUCUAUCUAUUAUGCAACAAUUUUACUCUUGUAUAUUACAUUACAAUUUUCAAUUGCUUCUACUACAAAUGCAUCAAAGUUAAUAGGGUUUUCUACUUAUCUCAUCCAUCGCGAUUCACUUGAAUCACCUUUGCGUGACUCAUAUGUCAACCAAACUAGCCAUGUAGCCAGAGCCAUUCAUCGUUCUAGAUCUCGCUUGUCCCAUUUCAAGAGUAUUCUAAACCUCCCCGACAACGAUGUGGAUGAAGAUGAAAAUAAUGUAUACUCUACAAUCGUGUCGUCUGGUGGAGAGUACCUCACAGAUAUUUCCAUUGGCACACCUCCGAUCAAGCAAAUGGUGGUUGUUGACACCGGUAGUGACAUUGUUUGGACCCAGUGCCUCCCAUGUACCAAGUGUUUCAAGCAGAAUCAACCCAUAUUUAAUCCCCAAAAGUCAUCGUCUUAUCACAAAUUGGAAUGCAAUUCAAGUGCAUGCACAGCCAUGAACAAUGAAGUUCAAUCAUGUGAUAUUAACCCUACCAUAUGUAAAUAUCGUUUAGCAUAUGGUGACCAUUCCAUCAGUAGCGGGGAACUAGCCUUUGAAACUUAUAAAUUAGGUCCCACUUCCAUCCCAAAAAUGGUUUACGGGUGCGGACAUGAUAGUCAAGGCACGUUUGAUGGAACCGCUAGUGGCAUCAUUGGGCUCGGAGGUGGAUCACUCUCAUUCGUUGGUCAGCUUCGCGAUUUGAUUGGUGGGAAGUUCUCAUACUGCCUAGUGUAUCGAUUCGAUUUGAACAAAGAUACAAGAAGCAAGAUUAGUUUCGGCAGUCACGCGAUCGUGUCUGGGCACGGAGUCGUGUCCACCCCGUUGAUUGGAAAGAAGACCGACACGUUCUAUUAUCUCUCAUUGAAAGCGAUUAGCAUUGGAGAAACAAGGUUUCCGUAUGAAAGCCUAGAUAAAUCCAUGGAAGUCUUGGAAGAUGACCAAAGUACUAUUGUUGACAAUGGUAAUAUCAUAAUAGACUCGGGCACGACACUAACUUAUUUGCCGCACGAUAUGUACCAGAAAGUGAAGCAUGCAUUAAAAAAAGCUAUUCAUCACAAACGGGUAAAAGAUCCACAAAAGAAAUUGAAGUUAUGCUAUAAGAACAGCAAGAACUUUAGAAUUCCGCCGAUCAUCUUUCAUUUCGCGGGAGGGGCUGACUUGACUUUACCAAUGACGAGUACUUUUGUUCUAAACGACAAUCUAAUGUGUCUAGCAAUUCUCCCUGCCAAAGUUGCCAUAUAUGGAAACUUGUUUCAAAUGGAUUACUUGAUUGGUUAUGAUCUUCAGAUAGGAAAAGUCUCUUUCAAACCAACAGAUUGUUCAAAGAACUAG